AUGCUGUGGCAGGGUCUGCCACAUGGCGGCGUGCAAGUGGUCUACGACAUCCGCUACGGCCUGCGUGCGCGCAACACGUACAUGACGGGGGAGGGGAUGACGUGGGAUUUCGGAGCGGUGGUGGUUACCAUUCAAUACACUCUCUACCCCGAGGUAAUUCAAAUGUCACCCUCGGUUCCCUCCUACUCCCACCCCACCUCCCACCCCCAUACCCCUCUCGUCCUCUCUAUUCCGUUCAUGCGAGGCUCCCCCUCUCGCAUCUUCCUUCUCUCAGGCUUCUCCCUUCGUUUCCCUCUCACCCCCCACGUAGGCUCUUGCGACAGAGCAAAUAGAGGAAACGCCAGGGGCGCUCUCUGGGCCAUGGACCACAUUCAAGAUUAUGGGGCCGACCCCUCUCUUCAUCAUCUCUUCCCUCCAGGCCCUUGCCAUAGACCAACCAAGUACAGGAAACGUCAGCAGCGCUCUCAUGGGCCACAUUCUCCAGCUCUUGCCAUAGACCAAGUACAUGAAACAUCAGCAGCGCUCUCAUGGGCAAUGGACCACAUUCACGAGUAUGGGGGCGACCCCUCGCGCAUCUUCCUCACGGGCCACUCCUCAGGCGCCCACGUCUGCUCCAUGGUUGUCUGGCGCCGCUUCAGCGGGGGAGGAGUCUUUGCUCUCUCUGCAAUGUCCCCUACUAUUGGUGGGCCGGCACGGUUUGUCUCAUCCUCUCCUGCCCCGCUGUUUGACACUCUCAUGUCCGCUGCUGCUGAUGCUGCCGUUGCUGCUGCAGGGGCUGUUGCUGCUGGUGUAGUUGCGGGACGUGAUGGCGAUGCUGUUGUUGGUGGUGCUUCUGCUGCUGCAUCGUUCGGGGCGUCGUUUGACUGUCCAAAGAGUCCUCUCCUGGUUGCCACUGCUAUACCUACUACUGCUACUACCUCUGCACCUUCCGCCCCUUCUCCCCCUUCCACCUCUGCUAUUGCUAGAAGCCGGGCGCUCGGGCAGGUAGCAGCAGUCAGCGCUGAUGCUGCUGCCUCCCUCAGGCCCAUCCUGCCGCCCUCAAAUCUGCGUCACCCCACUCAUUUGCCACGUCAGCUGGUGUUCUCACUGGGUCAAGCGACAGCAGGAGUGCCACCUCAGGAGGGGGAAGUGCAACCUCAGGAGGGGGAAGUGCAACCUCAGGAGGGGGAAGUGCCACCUCAGGAGGGGGAAGUGCCACCUCAGGAGGGGGAAGUGCCACCUCAGGAGGGGGAAGUGCCACCUCAGGAGGGGGAAGUGCAACCUCAGGAGGGGGAAGUGCCACCGCAGGAGGGGGAAGUGCCACCGCAGGAGGGAGAAGUGCAACCUCAGUGGCAGACGCAGUCAACAGAGCGACAUCAAAACAAGCAGUGA